AGUUUGUGGCGAUUUGAACACGAAAAUGUACGGAAAGUCAAUCAGCUUUGUAAGCUAAUUUGACAUCGAUUACUUUAUAGUGAGCUCUACAUUUUAAAACUCUUGAAAAAUGGUUUGGACGAAGGAUGAAGUUGAUAAAUACGUGAUUCAAGUGGAACGAAACUGUGCCAGCGCGCACGAGCGCAACUUGAAGGGGUUUGCCUUUGCAAGACUUUACAAGGAAGCAUCAGACAAUGAGAGCGCCAAACGGUACCUGGAAGCUUACAUCAGUGAGAGUGAAGGUGACUUUAGGGGUCACUGCCUUAUGGGACAGUUGUAUGAAAGUAUGGGACAGUUGGAAAAGGCUGUGACCUCGUAUAGAAGGUCCUUGGAAUUAAACAACACCCAAAAGGAAUUAGUAUUAAAAGUGGUCAAGUUGUACUGCAAUGUUCCUGUUCAUCCAGACCGGGCCAGGGCGUGGGCAGACAGAGGAGCUCGUUUGUUUCCUGGUCAUCCAGAUGUGUUUCACCUGAGACUCCAUCUCCUGGAGUCUGCUGAAGUAGUGGAUUAUGAAGCUCUUGAGGAUCUGAUCUCUGAAGAAGCUAGUAAAAGACCGAGAGAGGUUGACCUUCAUGUUAGGCUUGUGAGGUUGUAUGCCAUAAGAGGGCGGCUUGAUGAGGCAUUUUCUCAUUGUGCGGCAGUGUUAAAAACAAAAGCCUUCAAGGACAGUUUAGAAUGGGUUGCAUGCUGUGUAGAGAUAUUUGAGAAAUACCUUGCAGCUCUGGAGAAGCAUACAAACAAAGGUGAGGUCCUAGGCUGUGGUAAUGCCAUCUUAGAUGUGCACUCUUCACUGCUGAUCGCUCUUUGUCAGUUUGUGGAGCUUAGUCUGCGUGAAUGUGAUGACACUCGUGAGGUCAUCAAUGCCCUCUUCAGGCUGGAUCACUCUCUGUUCAUGGCACAUGGCCGUAAAAUCCGCCCGUCACCAAGAAGGUCAACACCUGGUGGACCAACUGAGUGGGAUGUAAUUCUAACUGAGAUGAAAGCUCAGCUGUACAUGCAUUGUGGGACUUUAUUAAUUCGUUUAGCCAAGGAGAAAUUUGUGACGUGGCCAAGAGGCUUGAAGCUGGCAUGCGCCUGUUACUUAGCAAGUACUAGCAUCCCUGAACCAGAAACGAAGACACCAUGGGUGGCAAGAGCUCCUAAAAACAAGGAUCCUCUUAAGUGGUUUGUCAUGGCAUGCUCAAGACUUAGCCAAACUGGACACUUCAUCAUGGCUACAAGAGACAGGCAUGGUGCAGCAUGGAUGAGCACCUGUCACUCCGACUGCUGUUCACGGCAGGGCCAGCAGGACAUUCUUAACACAGUCUACAGGGAUGAGAAACAAUUAGCAAAUUCAUUCCUGGCAUGUGAUAGAGAGUUCCCUUGUACUGAACUGACAAUACCUGAUGCCGACCAGUUGGUCAGCUGGGAUGAAGUGGCAGUCGGUGAAAAUCCUCGCAGCCUGGAGAAUAUCACUUGGGUUGGCCUGCACUGGUAUCAAUAUAACAAGGAGAUGAGACCUGGAGUGGGUGUCAUGGUGAAGGACAUUUUUCAGGAGUUGAGACUUGAUGUUCCAAGCAUAGAGAAACACAUCACUCCUAACAUGCUAUGUUUGAGGGACCUUGAGGCCUUUGUUUAUGCUGUUGUGAGGACAACUGCUGCAAGAGUGCUGGAGGACAAAGACAUCUUCUAUGAGGAUUACGAACCACAAGUUCUUCCUCAACCACUGUGUAACAUUCUCAGUUUGCCUGUUCAGCAGGAAUGGUGGAACUCGGCAUAUAACUUGUACACCGGGAAAUUCAGUUUGAAUGAAUCUGGUAAAAUUCAUCGCGCUGUUCAGCUUGGCAUUGAAAAGAUACGAGCUGUAGACCAGAGGCAUGGACUGCAGGCUCAGUUGCUGAUCUACCUUGCAAAUGCCUUUGGAUCCAAGGCAUUAUAUCUGAAGGGAAGUGGCCCAAAUCCCUGGUAUUAUGAGGAACAUUGGAGGAGUUUGGAGAAAUGGAGCAUGCAUUACUUCCGCCAGGCUCUCAUAAUCUUGGAGAAGUUAGAAAAGGAUGAGAGCAUUCCACACUGCGAGAAGCCCCUCUUUCCUCACAUGUUUGACAGUUUGUUGGAGAAUGAGGUGAAAUUGCAACUUCAGUCUGUCCGUUUGACAAUGGGUGGUGCAUCAAUGAAGGAAGGCAAGCUGUUUGAAGCAAUGGAACUGUUUGAACAGGUCAAAACACCUCCAGGAUUGUACAACCUUGCACAGGUUUACAAGUACCUUGCUCAUGUUGAAGCCUGUGCAGCCACAGAAGAGACUGACACAGAGUCCACCUCGCCAAGCAAAGAAUAUUACCAGAACCUACACAGAGUGCGGGAACUGCUUCAGUCAUACCUGAAGAUGACCAACUCAGCUGAUGUUGGACGAAACGCUGUCAUAGAAGAGCUUGGUGAGAUAGAAGUUCUUAUUAAAACUGGAAUUCCACGCUCGAACUCAGCCUCAGGUAAGCAUCUGGACAUCCGUCAGCUUUCUUACCCAGAAAGCCGAAGCUCAACCAACGUCUCUGAUGUUCAGGAGUCUGAUGACAACUUCUGGGUCGAGCAGCCACAGGACUCGAGCACAAAGGAUCUGAUUGCCAAACUGAGUGAAGUGACACUCAACAAUGGCUAUCUCCAAGAGCAAAUGGCCAUCAGGGACGAAGCUAUGACAAGCAUGUGCGAGCAAAUUCAAGUUUUGCAGAAACAAAUUAGCAUGUUGCAAGCAUCUCAAUACGGGCCUCUUAAUCUGUCUGCCCCUGCAGCAUCUGGCCAUAGUGAAAACGAUCAGAACAAACCCAUGUUCGAAUCCACACCAGUGGCUACAAGACAGAUGUCUUUGUCGUCAAAAGGUGUCAAACCCCUUACAGCUCCUAACAUCAAGGGUCCACUGAAAAUCGAUUCCAGUUUCUUUGCUGGGUUGAGCACCAGCAACAGCCCUGAAAAGCGAGCAGAACAGGUUGAAGAGUUUACAGCAAUGCCAACAUCCCCAACAUCCCCCGGUAGGACGAGACAUGACUCAUCCACUUCAUAUACUGAAGACAUCCAUUUUGAGCCGCUCAUAGCCCUCCCUGAACAAAUUGAGGUACAAACUGGCGAGGAAGAUGAAGAAUUAAUGUUCAGCAGUAGAGCCAAACUGUAUCGCUACGACAAAGAAGUUUCCGCUUGGAAAGAACGCGGGAUUGGCACCAUGAAGAUUUUGUAUAAUUCAGAAAAGGGACGUAGUCGGAUCUUAAUGAGACGUGAAGCUGUCCACAAGAUUUGUGCCAAUCACUUCAUUACAGAUGAUAUGCAGCUAACAGAUAAGAAGGGCACAGCUAAUGCGUGGAUUUGGAAUACCUUUGCCGACUUUUCAGAGGAGGUGUCGAAGCCGGAACAAUUGGCUGUCAAGUUCAAGAGCCAAGAUGAUUUCCUGCUCUUCAAAGAGAAGUUUGAGCAGUGUCAAAAGAUGGCGAAGAGAGGUGCUUCUAAAGAACAAGAAACAACAGCAGUCGGCACAAGGCAGAAGAGUUCUGACCUGAUGGCAAAGUUCGCUCCAAAACUUGGGUCUUGGUCGUGUUCUGUUUGUCUGGUUACCAACGAGGAACGUACGACCGUCUGCGUUGCUUGCGGUGCUGCUAAGCUAUCAGAUGUUACUACAAGUACUUUGGAGGCGCCUAAAACUGAGUUUCAUUUACUGAGUCAAGCAACGACCAGCAGUGCGUCAAAUACUGUCUUUGGUGGAUAUAAAGGAAAUGCGUCAUCAGGAAACCCAUUCACGUUUAGACAGAGUGAUCCGGGAUCUGUCAACAGCUCGCCGUUGAAAUUUGGAAUAAGUGAUUCAGGACCCAGGAACAGCUCACCAUUUACAUUUGGAAGCAACAAUUUAGGACCUGUAAAGAGCUCACCAUUUACAUUUGCAACGAGCGAUACAGGAAUGACGAAAAGUUCCACAUUUACAUUUGUUAAGACUGAUGGAGAAACAGUAAAUAGCUCACCAUUCACAUUUGGAAAGACUGAUGCAGGAACCAUAAGUACUUCUCCAUUUAGAUUUGGUGUUCAUCCAUUAGCACCUGAUGAUACAUCUACUUCAGAGACAGCCGCCGUUACAGCCAGACAAGUGGUUGGUGGCUCUCCCGAGUUGUUUCCAACUUCGAAGCCUCCAACAACUCAACCCUUCGUUUUGGCAGCUUUUGGAGUCCCUGCUAUUGCUGGCAAGACAAACACAACAUCGUUCCCUUUUGGUUCUUUAGGCUCGACUGGAUCAUCACCUUUAUCAGUGAAGAUGCCACAGAAAGCUGUCUCUGAAAACACUGCCACUACUGUUGAGAAAUCUCUAUUCGGUGGUAGUACGCCAGAGCAGGGAAGCGCUGCUUUGUCCUUUGGUUCUUUUAACUCAGGCACUUCUCCGAGUUUUGACCUUGAUUUAUCACCCCAUUCAACAUCCAGAACACAGACCGAUCCUUUGGUGUCUGAGAAGUUUGCGGAUGUUAAUCAGGUGACACCAAAUGUUUCCCAGGAAGCCAGAGUUAUUCAGAAUCAAUCUCAGCCUUCGUUUUCAUUUGGUACACCUACUGACAGGCAAGAAAUGCCCGAAGAGAAAUUGUUUUGGCAGCAACGUACUGGUACCUUUCAGUUUGGUCCAUUAGACGCUUAUGCACCCCUGGGUGGAGCCACAUCUUGGACUGCAGGGGUUAAUCUGUGGUACCAAGCAGCACAACAUUCCUCGAAGUCUGAAACAUCCCAGAUUCAGAGUGCUCUGCAGACAUCCGAGAUGUUCUCCCAGCCACUUACACUUUCAGAUUUUUCUGGCACCGAACUACUUCGACGCCUUGCAGCUGCUAAAGAACAGCAAGAUUAUGCAAAUCAGGAGUUGCAGGUUGGAGGUUAUAACUUCACACCUUACGUUGUGAAUGAACCUGCCGAAGCGGCGUCCCUUCAAAGGGUAACCAAGCCUAUUUCCACUGUAAUUGUAGAAGAGUGUGACGACUUCGACCAUGAGGCAGUUAUUGAACAAUCAGAGGAUUCCACAGACGAGAAUUUAAGUUAUACAUCUACUGAGGGUGAAGAGGAUGACGAGGAAAAUGAAGAUUCCAUUGAGUCUUCCUCGCCAAUGCCGCCCAUACAGUCAUCUCAAACUCAGCCUCCGUUUUCACCAAGUCAAGGGAAGCCACUAUCCACCCCGCUGAAGCCUGUUCCAAUCCAUUCCACGCUUGCUGAGAAUACCGGACCUGCUAACCUUCCUCCUCAUCUCACUGGUAGACGUUUUUUGACACCUAAGAGUGCUCUAAAGGCUACUAAAAGGCAAGACGAAGACUGUCUUAUUGUUUAUCAGGUUCGCGCCUCAAUGGCCAAUCGUGAAAAAGCCUCUCGCCUUUUCCUUCCCUCCAAUUUUUUCAACUAUACAAAGCAAGAAGAAUGUCCUGGAUGUCUUGGUUGCCGUAGAGUAGCAAAAGAAUCGGCAACGUUGAGCGAAAAGGAGGAUGAACAAAGCCCUGUAGUGUCUCCUUCCGAAGAGAAUAUCCGUAAGCCAGAGAAAAGCGAAAGUGGAAAUGCCAGUCAUGUGUUUGGUGAAUCUUCAAUCGUUGGUCAACUUACAUUUUCAUCUGUAAAGCCAAAAGAAAGUGACGCAUUUUCUCUGACGAAGAACAAGGAUGCCGCUAAACCUUUUCAAGGAGCUGGUGCGCAGCUCUUUGCUGAAAUAAGUGAGGACGUCGAAGGCCAAGAUGAAGACAAGUUUCAUUUUGAGCCAGUCAUUCCUCUCCCAGAUGAGAUCAAAGUUGUUACAGGUGAAGAAGGUCUGGAGGUGUUGUUCUCUGAGCGAGCCAAGCUGUACCGUUUUGAUGCUGACUCUGGUCAGUGGAAGGAAAGAGGUGUUGGAGAUGUAAAGCUCUUGCGUCAUCCGAAAUCUGGCCAAGGAAGAGUUCUUAUGAGAAGAGAGCAAAUAAAAAAAUUAUGUGCCAAUCACAACAUUAAUUCUGGAAUGGAGCUUAAACCCAAUGUUGGAUCGGACCGCUCUUGGGUUUGGUACACUCCAGCUGACUAUGCUGAAGGUGAAGCGAGACCUGAGAAGCUAGCCAUCAAAUUGAAGUCGGCAGAAAUUGCAGGGAAGUUUAGGGACGUUUUUGAUGACCUUAAAGAGACCUUCUCUUCUGGAAUGCCCUCCGAAGUGGAACCAACUGAUGACCAACAGGGAGCUGGGUGCGCCCUUUAUAAACAAUUUAUUUCUACAUUUGCUGCUUCUUCUGAUACUUGGACUUGUGAGAUGUGUUACGUCGAAACCAAUACAAAAGACUCGAGAUGUGUAGCAUGCAGCACUGCUAAGCCUGUUGCUGGAUCUCUUGGACCUUCGUCUAAAACAGCAGGAGAACAUACGAAAGUUACGCCGACAAGUGUUCAACCUGUAGAGCCGAACACAUUUCAGGAUUUCAACAAGGACUUGACCUCAGCUGGCUCAAUUUUCCAGUCACCCGGAGUAAAGGGAUUGGCCAGUUCUCAGCUUUUUAACAUUGGACGAGGAGAAUCAAGUGAAGAUAAACUAGAUGAUGAAAUGUACCUGUCUCCGAGUAAGACGUCCUCUCCAAGUAGGCAACGAGUGACUCCACAAACGCACGCAACACCAUUCCUCCAAGAGAAUGUUGUCACCAGUCUUCCUUUUGGCACAAAUACUCCAGCCAAGUUUACAUUCAGUCUACAGGUUUCUCCUGAGUCUCCCUCUCGCAAAGCGAAAUCACCCAUAUCACCUGCGUCACCCUUGUCUCCAGAGAGUCCUGACCAUGCAGAGGAUGAUGGGCCACAUUUUGAGCCAGUGAUACCACUUCCUGAAAAAGUGGAAUCCCGAACAGGAGAAGAGGGCCAAGAAGUGAUGUUUUGUGAACGUUGCAAGUUGUUCAGAUAUGAUAGUGAUGCAUCACAAUGGAAGGAAAGAGGUGUCGGUGACAUCAAGAUACUUCUCAACCCAAGCUCUGGAGGAUACCGGGUCUUAAUGAGACGUGAGCAUGUCUUUAAACUUUGCGCAAAUCACAUGAUUUCUGUGGAUAUGGAGCUUAAACCCUUUCCAAAUUCUGACAGAGCCUGGUUGUGGACGACACUUGCAGAUUUCUCGGACGAAGUAGCUGUGGCAGAGACUUUAGGCGCAAGGUUUAAGACAAGCGAGAUCGCUACUGAAUUUAAGGAUACGUUUGACAAAGCUUUACAAUCUCUUAAAUCUAGAGCGGAGAAUAUCACAUCUUCAGCAAAACCAGAAGUCAAACAAACUGACCAGGAAACUGCCAUGAAACUUGAAGAUGACAUUUCACUCGUGUUCGAAAGAGGAGUUACAGAUGAUCAAAAGGAGAGAGCUAAACGCUUAGAAUUGCCAAGUAAUUUUUUUGGAUUUGAGGACUCGUCUUCUGGAACCGACUCCAGAGAAUCAGACCCAGUUGCAAGUCAACUAAGCCAGCCGACAGGCGAUGUUUCUGAGGAAAUAUCAACGCCAAGUAAGUCAAACUUUCUGUUUGGUUCUCCUAGUGUGGCUUCACUGUCCUUCCAGUCAGUAGCUGCAUCGUCUUUGGGUGGCAGUCCAUUUGGCCAAAAAUCCCAGCAGAAAUCUCCAGGAUUUACUGGUGCUGGUGCUCAGCUCUUUGCUGCUCAGAAUACUGAGGAUGACGAUGGCACAGCAGAGGUAGACCAUGAUGGACCACACUUUGAGCCAAUUAUCCCACUUCCUGACAUGAUCGAUGUCAAAACUGGCGAAGAAGAUGAAGAAGUCAUGUUUUCUCACAGAGCCAAGUUAUAUCGAUUUGUAGCAGACGACAAGCAGUGGAAAGAACGAGGAGUUGGAGACAUAAAGUUAUUGAGAAAUAGACAAUCAGGAAAGAUGAGAGUCUUGAUGCGUCGAGAUCAGGUGCUGAAAAUUUGUGCAAAUCAUCAGAUAACCGUUGACAUGAAACUACAACCCAAUGCAGGUUCAGAUAGAUCCUGGGUGUGGAGCACAUUGGCGGACUUUUCUGAGCAGGAAUGCAAAGCAGAACAGCUUGCGGUCAGGUUUAAAUCAGAAGACAUUGCAAAGCAUUUCAAAGAGAAGUUUGAAGAAUGCCAAGAACUGUUGAAGGACCAGACACCAGUGAAGACAGUUCAAAAAGAGCAAGCGCAAGAAGAAGUCAAAGACGAUCUUGUCACUAAGUUCAAAGCAGCUGAAGGGUCGUGGGAGUGUGACAUCUGCAUGGUGAGAAACGACAGUGAUAAAGUUGAGUGUGCAGCUUGUGGUGGUCUGAAACCAGGAGCACAGCCAAGACAAGACCAAAAGAAAGGUAUGGAGACAUCGUUUUCAUUUGUGGGUUCUACACCAUCUUCUGGUUCAGCGUUUUCAUUUGGAUCGUCUACACUAUCUACUGGUACGGGGUUUUCAUUCAAUCAGACUAGAUCUUCCGGUUCUGGAUUAUCAUUUGGCUCAGCGGAAGCAAGUCAAGGUGAUUCAAAGUCGAGUUCCUUCGUUAGUUCGUUUAGCCAGACAUCAAAUUCAAGCUCGAGAGUUACAGUCCGCUUUGGUUCUUUCACGCAAAAGGGGAAUUUGAGUGAACACACUCCGGAAAACCAAAAUGUUGCUUCUCAGUUAGACAAGCAAACGCCUCAUGAAGAUGACAGUGGAGGUGACGUGGUAGAAGGUAAGGCUGCCACUGAUGAAACACAGGCUGAAGAUGCCAGCAGACAGGAAACGAUAUUACCAGCAGACCCAAUCAAAGUUGAUAGAGAGGAGAAACCUGUAACAGAUGGUCUCCCUCUCAGCAGUGGAGAGGACCAAUUUCAGCGUCAACAAGACAUUUCAAAGGAGACGGCCGCCGAAUCGGAUGAAGGAGGCAAUGGCAAUCCAAGUAAAACAUCAGACGAAACCCAUUUCGAAGAAAAGUCUUCGCCGAACAGCGAGAAGCAGCCAGUACAGGAUAGACCCAGUGAUUGUGGAACAGAGGACGCUGCAUCGAAAGCGGAGAAUACCACUGAAUUGAACGAGCCAGGAUGCCUUAGAUGAGAUGAAGUGAAACAAACAGUAGAUAUUAAUCAAGCGAAAGACGAGGGAACAACACAGAGAACGGAAGUGUAACAAAUGAAGGGAAUUCAUGGUAGUCUGCAGAGUACAACUAAAAGCUUAAGUGUUAUAUCGUUAGAAAAUCGCUACAUCGUGUGAACCAGCAGACUGCUAGAGUUAUGGUUAGUAUGACCUGUGAUAGGAUCACAUCGCGAAGACUGCUGACAUUCAGCGUAGUCUCUUCCUGUUGUGUUUCUCAGAAUUAAGUGAAUAAUAUACCACUGAGACACACCAAAAGGCAGCCUUUAUGCUGGUAGUUGUAGAGACGCUUUGCCAGAAAUGCUUUAUGUCCAAUUAUAUGUUACCUCUCAAGUAUCGGUCGUGAAUGCAUUAAUGAGAAGUUAAUAGAGUUUGCAUGAAUAGGGACUUAGAUCAAAACAAUCGGUUACAUUAGCACUAUUACAAUCAACUGCCUCUCCCCAGCGAUGGGUGUUUGAUUUCUCCUUACUAUUCCACUACAGUUCUCUAGAGCAAGUUAUGAGAAUAAACGACCUUGUCAAUACUAAGGAAGAGUAGAAAGUAGAAUUUAGGAUCUGGCCAAGGUUAUCAAAGGACAGUCUUCUCAAGCAUAUUUUAGUUACGUAUAAAAUAGAAUUUUGAAAGCCUCUGUUUAGUGUGCACUGCUAUUGUUAUAGAAAAUUUAUAGUUAGGUUUGUCAGUAUUUUCAUAGACAAAAAAUCAAUGCUAAAUUAA